AUGUUGUUUGGUGGAGCCGCUGCGCUCCUGCUCCUGAAUGCCGCCGCUUCCCUGGCCUCUCCUCACCAUGCGAAGCAGCGCUCGGCCGUCUCUAUAGGGCCCCAGCCCGCCUACAGGCCUAUGCCGGCCUCUCCCGCGAGGAACAAGACCUGCGUGGUUCCCUCGGCUGGUGAUGGCUCCGACGACGGUCCCGCCCUUCUUGAAGCCUUCAAGAGCUGCAGCCCCGGCGGUAGUGUGGUCAUGUCUGCAAACACGACCUACACCAUCGGCACUGCCCUGGAUCUGACCUUCCUCAAGAAUGUUGAUUGGGUCAUCGAGGGCACGAUCAAGUUCACCGACGACACCGACUACUGGCAGGCCAACGCCUUCAACCAGACGUUCCAGAAUGCCACGACCUUCUUCCAGCUGGGCGGCGAGGACGUCAACGUCUACGGCGGCGGCACGCUGGACGGCAACGGGCAGGCGUGGUACGACCUGUACGCCGAGGACAUCUACAUCCUGAGGCCCAUCCUCUUCGGCACCAUUGGCCUCAAGGGCGGCUCCAUCAGCGACAUCAAGCUGCGCUACAGCCCGCAGUGGUACAACCUCGUCGUCAACAGCACCGACGUCGUCUUCUCCAACAUCGACAUUGCAGGCGGCAGCGUGUCGUCCAACCCGGCCAAGAACACGGACGGCUGGGACACGUACCGCAGCAGCAACAUCGUCAUCCAGGACAGCCACAUCAACAACGGCGACGACUGCGUCUCCUUCAAGCCCAACAGCACCGAGAUCGUCGUGCAGAACCUGUGGUGCAACGGCAGCCACGGCAUCAGCGUCGGCUCGCUGGGCCAGUACGCCGGCGAGGUCGACAUCGUCGAGAACGUCUACGUCUACAACAUCAGCAUGUCCGACGCCUCCGACGGCGCCCGCAUCAAGGUCUGGCCCGGCGCCCCGGCCGCCCUCUCCGGCGACCUGCAGGGCGGCGGCGGCCUCGGCACCGUCAACAACAUCACCUACGACACCAUGCGCAUCGACAAUGUCGACUACGCCGUCGAGAUCACCCAGUGCUACGGCCAGAAGAACCUGACCCUCUGCAACGAGUACCCCUCCAACCUCACCAUCUCCAACAUCCUCAUCAAGAACUUCGAGGGCACCACCUCGUCCAAGCGCGACCCGCUCGUCGGCUACCUCGUCUGCUCCAGCCCCUCCGUCUGCAGCAACAUCACCCUCGAGAACAUUGACGUCGUCAGCCCGUCUGGCACCAACCUGUUCACCUGUGAGAACAUUGACGAGGCGAGCCUGGGCGUGAACUGCACGGCCCCUUCGUCGUAG